AUUAAAAAAAAAAAAAAAGAAAGAAAUUAAGUACUUUGUGGGUUCAUUGCCUUUCUCCUUCGAUAUUUGUCAUUAACUUUUAGGUCUGGAUUUCUGAGACAUGAUGCUCCAUGGCCAAGUCAGAUCCAUCUCCUGUUCACAUCUGAGGAGCAGAUUUCUAUUAAUAUGUGGCUCAAAGGACUGGGUACUUUGAGAUCCAAUUUCAAAGUAGUGCGAGUUGAUCUCCAAUGAUAGAAGCUGGGAAGUGCUCCCAUCUUCCAACUGAGCAGCCUCUGGAUCAUUUGAUUUCCUCCGUUGAGGCACUGGUGUCCUUUACCUGAGGCAUUCUCCACUGGAUGCCUUUCUUUCUCUGCUUAGCACAACCCUUGUGCAUUCCAGCUCUGUCUGGCCUGCACGGUGCUUCUUUCCCUUCCUUUGGCCUCUCGCAUCUUCUCAUGUUUCUACCCAGUUGUCACUUGUCCAUUCCCUGCUGGUAAUUACCUUGUCUUUCCUUCAUGUGUCUUUCUACGCUCACAGUACUUUGGUAAAAGACCGCUGACCCUGGAUGAGUCUCCUUUCUUUGUGCAUUAAUCUGUUUUCUUCGAUUACUCUGUUGCUUUUUGAGUUUUAUAAACAUUUUAUUUAUCAUCUGAUGUUUCAGUAAACCAGAACAGAUGCCCAGACUUUUAGUGUUUUCAUAAGAACCAUAAUUUUUUUAAUAAUAUGUGAAUCGUGGAAAAUAUGGUGCUCAUUGAUGUUAUUCAGCAUAUGUCCAAUAAACAGACUUUGGGAGCAUAUGAAGAUUUUAAAACAUGGUUUUGGGGUGCACUUUAAGCAUAUAGCAAGGGGGACAAGAUACAUGCAAACACCUGCAAUUAACUCACAAUAUGGUGUGUCCUGGAAGAGUCUAGGCUGUCGGAGGUAGGAGAAGUUACUUCUCCAUGCAGUGUCCAAGGGAAGUGUCAUGAAAGAGGAGACGUCUGACCUGGAAUUUUCAAUGAGACCACCAAAUCAUACAGCUCUAGAAGAUACCAGAAGGAGGCACUGGGGACUCAGGAAGAGAACGGACCAAGACCUUCACCUAUGACUUUUCUUUUUAUUCUGCUGAUACGAAAAGCCCAGAUUAUAUUUCACAAGAAAUGGUUUUCAAAACCCUCGGCACAGACGUCGUGAAGUCUGCAUUUGAAGGUUAUAAUGCUUGUGUCUUUGCAUAUGGGCAAACUGGAUCUGGAAAGUCAUACACUAUGAUGGGAAAUUCUGGAGAUUCUGGCUUAAUACCUCGGAUCUGUGAAGGGCUCUUCAGUCGGAUAAAUGAAACCACCAGAUGGGAUGAAGCUUCUUUUCGAACUGAAGUCAGCUACUUAGAAAUUUAUAACGAACGUGUGAGAGAUCUACUUCGGCGGAAGUCAUCUAAAACCUUCAAUUUGAGAGUCCGUGAGCAUCCCAAAGAAGGCCCUUAUGUUGAGGAUUUAUCCAAACAUUUAGUACAGAAUUAUGCUGACGUAGAAGAACUUAUGGAUGCGGGUAAUAUCAACCGGACCACCGCAGCGACUGGGAUGAAUGACGUCAGCAGCAGGUCUCAUGCCAUCUUCACCAUCAAGUUCACUCAGGCUAAAUUUGAUUCCGAAAUGCCAUGUGAAACCGUCAGUAAGAUCCACUUGGUCGAUCUUGCUGGAAGUGAGCGUGCAGAUGCCACUGGAGCCACCGGGGUUAGGCUAAAGGAAGGGGGAAAUAUUAACAAGUCCCUCGUGACUCUGGGGAACGUCAUUUCUGCCUUAGCCGAUUUAUCUCAGGAUGCUGCAAACACUCUUGCAAAGAAGAAGCCAGUUUUUGUGCCUUACAGGGAUUCUGUGUUGACUUGGUUGUUAAAAGAUAGCCUUGGAGGAAACUCUAAAACUAUCAUGAUUGCCACCAUUUCACCUGCUGAUGUCAAUUAUGGAGAAACCCUAAGUACUCUUCGCUAUGCAAAUAGAGCCAAAAACAUCAUCAACAAGCCUACCAUUAAUGAGGAUGCCAACGUCAAACUUAUCCGUGAGCUGCGAGCUGAAAUAGCCAGACUGAAAAUGCUGCUUGCUCAAGGGAAUCAGAUUGCCCUCUUAGACUCCCCCACAGCUUUAAGUAUGGAGGAAAAACUUCAGCAGAAUGAAGCAAGAGUUCAAGAAUUGACCAAGGAAUGGACAAAUAAGUGGAAUGAAACCCAAAAUAUUUUGAAAGAACAAACUUUAGCCCUCAGGAAAGAAGGGAUUGGAGUUGUUUUGGAUUCUGAACUGCCUCAUUUAAUUGGCAUCGAUGAUGACCUUUUGAGUACUGGAAUCAUCUUGUAUCAUUUAAAGGAAGGUCAGACCUAUGUUGGUAGAGAAGAUGCUUCCACAGAGCAAGAUAUUGUUCUUCAUGGCCUUGACCUGGAGAGUGAGCACUGCAUCUUUGAAAAUAUCGGGGGGACAGUGACUCUGAUACCCUUGAGUGGGUCCCAGUGCUCUGUGAAUGGUGUUCAGAUCAUGGAGGCCACACAUCUAAAUCAAGGUGCUGUGAUUCUCUUGGGAAGAACCAAUAUGUUUCGCUUUAACCAUCCAAAGGAAGCUGCCAAGCUCAGGGAGAAGAGGAAGAGUGGCCUUCUGUCCUCCUUCAGCUUGUCCAUGACCGACCUCUCGAAGUCCCGUGAGAACCUGUCUGCAGUCAUGUUGUAUAACCCCGGACUUGAAUUUGAGAGGCAACAGCGUGAAGAACUUGAAAAAUUAGAAAGUAAAAGGAAACUCAUAGAAGAAAUGGAGGAAAAGCAGAAAUCAGACAAGGCUGAACUGGAGCGGAUGCAGCAGGAGGUGGAGACCCAGCGCAAGGAGACAGAAAUCGUACAGCUCCAGAUUCGUAAGCAGGAGGAGAGCCUCAAACGCCGCAGCUUCCACAUUGAGAACAAGCUAAAGGAUUUGCUUGCUGAGAAGGAAAAAUUUGAAGAGGAGAGGCUGAGGGAACAGCAGGAAAUCGAGCUGCAGAAGAAGAGACAAGAAGAAGAGACCUUUCUCCGCGUCCAAGAAGAACUCCAGCGACUCAAAGAACUCAACAACAACGAGAAGGCUGAGAAGUUUCAGAUAUUUCAAGAACUGGACCGGCUCCAGAAGGAAAAAGAUGAACAGUAUGCCAAGCUUGAACUGGAAAAAAAGAGACUGGAGGAGCAGGAGAAGGAGCAGGUCAUGCUCGUGGCCCAUCUGGAAGAGCAGCUCCGAGAGAAGCAGGAGAUGAUCCAGCUCCUGCGGCGCGGGGAGGUGCAAUGGGUGGAAGAGGAGAAGAGAGACCUGGAAGGCAUUCGGGAAUCCCUGCUGCGGGUGAAGGAGGCUCGUGCCGGAGGGGAUGAAGAUGGUGAGGAGUUAGAAAAGGCUCAACUGCGUUUCUUUGAAUUCAAGAGAAGGCAGCUUGUCAAGCUAGUGAACUUGGAGAAGGACCUGGUUCAGCAGAAAGACCUCCUGAAAAAAGAAGUCCAAGAAGAACAGGAGAUCCUAGAGUGUUUAAAAUGUGAACAUGACAAAGAAUCUAGAUUGUUGGGAAAACAUGAAGAGAGUUUCACAGAUGUCACAGAAGUGGCUCAAGAUUUCGAGAAAAUAAAGCCAGUGGAGUACAGGCUGCAAUAUAAAGAACGCCAGCUACAGUACCUCCUGCAGAAUCACUUGCCAACUCUGUUGGAAGAAAAGCAAAGAGCAUUUGAAAUUCUUGACAGAGGCCCUCUCAGCUUAGACAACACUCUUUAUCAAGUAGAAAAGGAAAUGGAAGAAAAAGAAGAACAGCUUGCACAGUACCAGGCCAAUGCAAGCCAGCUGCAAAAGCUCCAAGCCACCUUUGAAUUCACUGCCAACAUUGCGCGUCAGGAGGAAAAAGUGAGGAAAAAGGAAAAGGAGAUUCUGGAGUCCAGAGAGAAGCAGCAGAGAGAGGCGCUGGAGCGGGCCCUGGCCAGGCUGGAGAGGAGACAUUCUGCGCUGCAGAGGCGCUCCACCCUGGGCGUGGAGAUUGAAGAGCAGAGGCAGAAACUUGCCAGUCUGAACAGCGGCAGCAGAGAGCAGUCAGGGCUCCAGGCUAGCCUGGAGGCUGAGCAGGAAGCCCUGGAGAAGGACCAGGAGAGGUUAGAAUAUGAAAUCCAGCAGCUGAAACAGAAGAUUUAUGAGGUCGAUGGUGUUCAGAAAAGUCAUCAUGGGACCCUAGAAGGGAAGGUGGCUUCUUCCAGCUUGCCAGUCAGUGCUGAAAAAUCACACCUGGUUGCCCUCAUGGAUGCCAGGAUCAAUGCUUACAUUGAAGAAGAAGUCCAAAGACGCCUUCAGGAUUUGCAUCGUGUGAUUAGUGAAGGCUGCAGUAUAUCUGCAGACAUGAUGAAGGAUAAUGAGAAACUUCACAAUGGCACUAUUCAACGUAAACUAAAAUAUGAGCGGAUGGUUUCUCGCUCUUUGGGUGCAAAUCCAGACGACCUGAAGGACCCAAUUAAAAUUAGUAUCCCACGCUACGUCCUCUGCGGGCAAGGAAAGGAUGCACACUUCGAGUUUGAGGUCAAGAUUACUGUCCUAGAUGAGACAUGGACUGUAUUCAGGCGUUACAGUCGUUUUCGAGAAAUGCAUAAAACAUUGAAGUUAAAGUAUGCAGAGCUUGCUGCCCUUGAAUUUCCUCCAAAGAAACUAUUUGGAAAUAAGGAUGAACGUGUGAUUGCUGAGAGACGAAGUCACUUAGAGAAAUACCUCAGGGACUUUUUCAGCGUGAUGCUCCAGUCCGCAACAUCUCCCCUCCACAUCAACAAAGUGGGGCUGACUCUCUCGAAACACACCAUCUGUGAGUUUUCGCCAUUCUUCAAGAAAGGAGUCUUUGACUACAGCAGCCACGGGACGGGGUAGAACCAGGGCUGAUGGAGGAACCACCAAAGCAGUGCCUUCUCGUCGAAGCCGGCUCCCAUGCAGGGCAGCUCCCCCAUGCGAGGAUCCGGGUGUGCCUCCUCCUGCUGAAGGCACACGUGCAGCAGCGGGCCCGGGCCACCUCACGUUUUCAUACCUAGUGCCUGAGUUUGGGGAUAGGAUGCUCUGCCUGCUGAUGUGACCCUCGCAGGCAGCUGUUACCGUUCCAUUGUGGAUGAAUGUGGCCUUUUCCCACAGUGCUUCCUUCUCACUGCGCAGCAAAGUUCGUCCCCUGUGGCAAGAUAGAUGUGGCUUGGCCAUCAUGGGCUCCCUGAGCCAAGCCAGCCUGGGACCUCCCAAAGUGGGUGGCUUACCAGACCACCCUUAAAUGACUUUCAUCUGGUUUCCCCUUUCACCAAAAUAUACUCGUAUUUUUAAUAUUCCUUCCAUGUGGCUGACUAUAUUCCAAGAAAAGCAUUUGAAAUUAUUUCAUUGUACUUUUUUCUUUUUUUCUGUCAUUUGAAUCAAACUUUUAUAUAAAACCUAAACACUGAUGUUUACACAGAAUUUCAUAUUCUGCAAAAGGGAUUUUUUUGAUCCAAUCAUGACUGUAGUCUUCCAUGCUUGACAAAUUGGAUGUAGACAACAUCACUUAAAACUUCUAUAAAUCCCUACAAAUAGAAUAUUUAUUUAACCUUGAAUAUUCAAGAAUGUUCUCCCAAAUCUAAAUGGCUACUGUGCAUUCUUGGGCUUUUUCUGCUAAGCACAAAAUGAACGCAAAGCUAAAUGCAUAUUUUUAAGUAUUAUUUUGUUCACAUUUUUUGUUACAGAAUCUACUGGAUCUUUGGCUGGAAAACUAGAAUUUAUAGCAGUUUAUUAAUGACACUUAAAUUACUCAGGACUUAAUGUAGCAUUGCACUUCUGUGUACAGUAAAAGUGCUUUGUUUUCCUAAAGAGAAAAAUGUGAGUGGAAAAAAUAUGUGGUAUAUAUUCAAAUGUAUAUAAUUCUAUCUAUAGAUUUAUAUAUGUACACAUUCUGUACAAUAGUUCCAUCAAAAUAUGUUAUCACACCAAAUUUAUUAAAUGUGUUUGCUUUUUCAAAAUUUAAAUUGAGCUGCUAUCAAUAUUAAAUGAAGAUUUGGCAUC